GGACAGCCUGAAGAUGACAAAAGACGACUCCACUGUUCGCUGCUUCCAGGGCCUGCUGAUUGUUGGAAAUGCAAUUAUUGGUAUGUGCGGCAUCGCCCUGACGGCUGAGUGCAUCUUCUUUGUAUCGGACCAGCACAGCCUGUACCCACUACUAGAAGCCACCGACAAUGACGACAUCUAUGGGGCAGCCUGGAUCGGCAUGUUUGUUGGCAUCUGCCUCUUCUGUCUGUCCGUCCUAGGCAUUGUAGGCAUCAUGAAGUCCAACAGGAAAAUUCUCCUAGUGUAUUUCAUUCUGAUGUUCAUCGUCUAUGGCUUUGAAGUGGCAUCUUGCAUCACAGCAGCUACACAACGGGACUUUUUCACACCCAACCUCUUCCUGAAGCAGAUGCUGGAGCGAUACCAGAACAACAGACCUUUGAACAAUGAUGACCAAUGGAAGAACAAUGGAGUCACCAAAACCUGGGACAGGCUCAUGCUCCAGGACAAUUGCUGUGGUGUAAAUGGUCCGUCAGACUGGCAGGAAUAUACAUCUGCCUUCCGCGCUGAGAAUAAUGAUGCUGACUAUCCCUGGCCUCGCCAGUGCUGUGUAAUGAACAAUCUUAAACAACCUCUCAACCUGGAGGCUUGCAAACUGGGAGUACAGGGUUACUAUCAUGAUCAGGGCUGCUAUGAACUGAUCUCGGGACCAAUGAACCGGCACGCCUGGGGGGUGGCCUGGUUUGGAUUUGCCAUUCUCUGCUGGACUUUUUGGGUUCUUCUGGGUACCAUGUUCUACUGGAGCAGAAUUGAGUAUUAAGAGUACAGUGUCCCCGCCCAAUCACCUCCCACGUGGCUCAAGACUUGGUGCUGGAACUGACCUAUCUUUUUAGUCCAAGAGUGCUACCCUGGAAUGUGCUUGUUCUUACACAAACUGCCAAGUCAGAUGGUGUGGACUUUCUUUAGACUCUCUGGCUCGGCUCCAAACUCCUGGCCAUGUUUUCCCCCUGGAUUAGGACUCUGCCACACUUUCAUGACUGAAGAGAUGGAGAGUUAAAAAAGUAAAAAAUAGGGCCCUCCACCUGGCCCAGCGGUUAAAGUGCAGCACUACAAGCUAGCCGCCACUUCAGCGUGAUUUUGAUCUCUGGCCCCUGGAGGU